GAACCUGCUUUCUACUGGCCCUGUGAUGUUGAGAUCCACAGAAAUACAGAAGCAGCACAAAGGCACUGAAAGAAAGUAUACUUCUUUAUUGAAAGGAAGAGAGACCACCUUUUUGCAGAGAGCAGCACUCAAUUUCCCAAGGCCCCGACACAACCUGGCUGCCCUCGCUGUUCUCACUGGGCGGAAUUAUAGCACACAGGCUGCUGAGAACAAAGAUGAAGAGUCCUUGCACACCAUCAUCAGCAAUACAGAGAAUGUGAAAGGUGCAGCCUCCAAACAUGAGUUCCAGGCUGAGACAAAGAAGCUGUUGGACAUUGUUGCUCGUUCCUUGUACUCUGAGAAAGAGGUGUUUAUCCGGGAGCUGAUCUCGAAUGGCAAUGAUGCUCUGGAAAAACUUCGUUAUAAACUGAUGUCUGAAGGGAAGGUCUUGCCAGAUAUGGAGAUUCACCUGCAAACAGAUGGUGGAAAGGGAACCAUCACCAUUCAGGACACUGGCAUUGGAAUGACGCAGGAGGAGCUCGUCUCUAACCUUGGCACCAUCGCUAGAUCUGGCUCAAAGGCAUUUCUGGAUGCCCUGCAGAACCAGGCUGAGGUCAACAGUAAGAUCAUUGGCCAGUUUGGAGUGGGUUUCUAUUCUGCCUUCAUGGUGGCUGACAAAGUGGAGGUGUACUCACAGUCUGCAGAGCCUGGAAGCCCUGGCUACCACUGGUCAUCAGAUGGGUCAGGAAUAUUUGAGAUCGCUGAAGCUUCUGGUGUCAGAACUGGGACUAAGAUAAUCAUCCAUCUCAAAGAGGAAUGCAAGGUGUUUGCGAACGAGGACCGAGUCAGAGAGGUGGUAACAAAAUACAGUAACUUCAUUAACUUUCCUCUUUACCUGAAUGGGAAACGCAUCAACACCUUACAGGCACUCUGGAUGAUGGACCCCAAGGACAUCAGUGAAUGGCAGCAUGAGGAGUUCUAUCGCUUUAUAGCCCAGGCUCAUGACAAGCCCCGCUAUGUCCUGCAUUACAAGACAGAUGCUCCUCUCAACAUCCGCAGCAUUUUUUAUGUGCCUGAGGUGAAGCCAUCUAUGUUUGACGUCAGCAGGGAGCUGGGCUCUAGUGUUGCACUCUACAGUCGUAAAAUUCUGAUCCAAACCAAAGCUGAAGACAUCCUGCCGAAAUGGCUGCGUUUCCUCCGAGGUGUUGUGGACAGUGAGGACAUUCCCCUGAACCUCAGCAGGGAACUGCUCCAGGAAAGUGCCCUCAUCAGGAAACUCCGAGAUGUUUUGCAGAAGAGGCUCAUCAAGUUUUUCAUUGACCAGAGCAAGAAGGACCCUGAGAAAUAUGCCAAGUUCUUUGAAGACUAUGGGCUGUUCAUGAGAGAGGGGAUUGUCACUAUAGCAGAGCAGGAUGUCAAGGAGGACAUAGGAAAACUUCUGCGUUAUGAGUCCUCAGCACUGCCUGCAGGUCAGUUGACCAGCCUGCCAGACUACGCCAGCCGAAUGAAGCCUGGGACGAGGAACAUCUACUACCUGUGUGCACCCAACCGGCACCUGGCCAAGCACUCGCCAUACUUCGAGGCCAUGAAGAAAAAGGAUAUGGAGGUGCUGUUCUGCUACGAGCAGUUUGAUGAGCUGACACUUUUGCACCUUCGGGAGUUUGACAAAAAGAAGCUCAUCUCAGUGGAAACAGAUAUUGUUGUUGACCACUAUAAGGAAGAGAAGUUUGAAGACAGUUGCCCAGCUGCAGAACACCUGACAGAAAAGGAAGCUGAGGAUCUCAUGGCUUGGAUGAGAAAUGCAUUGGGCUCAAGGAUCACCAAUGUUAAGGUGACUCCACGCCUAGACACCCACCCAGCUAUGAUCACCGUGCUUGAGAUGGGGGCUGCUCGUCACUUUUUGCGUAUGCAGCAGCUAGCCAAGACAAAUGAGGAGCGUGCCCAGAUCUUGCAGCCCACAUUGGAGAUAAAUACAGGACACGCUUUGAUCAAGAAACUCAAUCAGCUGAGAGACAGUGAGCCUGAUCUGGCCCAGCUGCUGAUGGAUCAGAUUUACGAGAAUGCCAUGAUAGCAGCGGGACUGAAUGAUGAUCCCAGACCUAUGGUGAGCCGUCUGAAUGAGCUCCUCACAAAAGUACUUGAAAAGCAUUGAGCUCAACUUAAUACAAAGAUCAAAAUCAGGUGUGGUCCCUCCAGUUCUUCAAGCAAAACUACUUUAAUCAACUCUUGCAACAUCUGUCUGCUUGCAGGCACUGUGGUAUGAAAUGUAGAAUUCUCUGCAGCUCUGAGGGACAUCCUGCAGGGUUUCCCCAUGUGACACUAUGGGUUGGUUACAGUUAUUUUUGCCAAAUUGUGACAUUUCUCACUUGAGCCCAGAUUCUAACAUUGUAUGGAUUCUAGGGUUGGCCUUUCCAAGCAAUUGGCAUCAAGAGUCCAAAAGAGUUCAAGGUAUUAUGACCCCAUGCACCCAAUCUUUGUAUACCAGUCAGCUUAGCUUACAGUGCCAACUUCAGCGCUAAAUAAACUCAGUGCUCGUUCAAGAAAUCUCCACCUCUGCCUGGCACUAAGAGGGUUACCAGGCACAGAAAGCAACCCUUGCCAUGAGCAUUUAUAGGUGCUUCUGUUAGACUGGCAGCAGAUCCACUUAUAGAUGGGUCAUGAAGGGGUGGGGGAGAUGCUAAUCAAGGAGGUGAUUAAAGAAGGAAGGUGAGCAUUCAGCUAUCAACCCCAUUAUUUUUGUUUUUAAGAUUCUAGGAGCUAGACAUUUUUUGUGGUGGCCAUACAACAGAAAGCAUCUAAUUAAUAGAAAAGCCAUUAUGGUUUUCCAUGCUUGUUUCUCAGUUAGAUGAGGAAUAACUUGCUCAGUUUAAGAUUUCUUUCUGACUGGCAACCCUGUAAAUUGAGUGUGGACUCUGAAUUACCCAAGGCCAUUUCUGGUUUGUCUGUACAUCACUGUAUUCUAUAAGUAGUACUUGCUGUCCUGCAUGCCAGAAAAUUGCAGCUCUUUUUAAUUACUGAUUGUCAUUAAAUGCUGUCUCCUAUGAACUGAACCGUGGCUGCAUAAUUGCUAAUAUAUUUGUCUUAAAAAAAAAAAAAAAAAAAAAAAAAAAAAAAAAGAAAAAAGUCAAAUAGACUUAUCCAGGCAUUCUACCAUCAAAAUCAGGACCAAUAGGUAGGAAUGAAGAUUCAUUACCAGAUGCUACACAUAUGCAUCUAGACCUCAUUAAAUGUUUCAUGAUAAAAUAUUAUUGGAGAAAUGUCUGUGGUGCUAGAUUGUGUUGUAAUGCAUCACUUCUAAGUUUGUGGCAGUUUGAGUUUUUUUGGAAAUAGACUGACUGUGGAAAAUA